UUUUUUUUUUUUUUUUUUCCCGGAGCUGGGGACCAAACCCAGGGCCUUGCACUUACUAGGCAAGCACUCUACCACUGAGCUAAAUCCCCAACCCUAGAGAGCACCUUUUAAAUAGUUUGAAGAGUUGCUGUUUCCUAUGCCUGUGUCCCUUUGACUGUUGUCUCUUGCCUGUACCACUUCCUUCCCCUUGCAGUACCUAGCAGGUGCUAAAACAGCAGCCUUUCCGCUCAUUCCCCACUUCCCUGAGGUGCUCUCAAGCCGACAGCCCUGGGGAGCCAUUAUAUGGCUUCUCCUCCCAAAGGUUAGAAGAAGGGCACAGUUGUCUGUCAGGCACCCUAAUCCCUAUCUAAUUACAGGUUUCAAACACUGAGGAGAUUUUCAUACCUCCUCUGGAGUACCUGAGACAGCUCAGUGGGGAACAAGGACAAGGAGAAAGACAGCCAGUUCUGAACUGGCUUGCCUGGACUCAUCAUCCCUAUCCAAAAGCCCGGGUCAGUCACGUUUCUGCUCCAGUGUUCCCAUCUGGGAAGUGGGUUCAAUCCUUGUGGGGUUGGGAAGCUCACUAGCUGGUUAGUACUUAGAGCAUUAUCUGGGAUCAUGAUUAAUUUGAAUUGUUGCUUGGGCUCCUGAGGGACACUGAAGUUCUUGCACCGAAGCCCAGGUGGUAGCUAGCAUCUGCUCAAAGCACCUGCUCACUUGCGUUGGGAUUAGCACACAUUUCUCUCAGCAUAGUAUGCAGAGGUUUUCAUUGUACAAAUGGGGAAACUGAGGUUCCGGGAAGUGGGGUGACUUGGUCAAGCUCACACCUAAGAAGUGGUCAAGCCAGGACUUGAAUUGGGUUUUGGAGCAGGACCCCUCUAUUUUCAGCCCUUUUAAUGGUCACCGGGAGGGCAUCUUGGACUGGUUUGGAGAUUUACCGGGACCGGAAGUGGGCGUGGCUUCGGCGUGAUUUUGAAUCUUUCAACUGUCUCAUUGGGGAUUCAGAGCCAUUGACGGUGGGAAGAUGCAGCAGGCACAGAGAUGUGAAGUCCCUUUUCUGGGUAACACAUCUGGGAAGGGGUGAGGCUGGGAUCUACAUCAUUCAGGAACUUGGGUCUGAGGCCAACUGCAGCUCAGCUCCACUAGGAGCUGCAACUCCUUUGCAGCCGUGUCGUGAUGUCACAUGUUUCCUCCAAAAUGCAUUUUUGACUUUUUACCCAGACUUACAGCCCGGCAGAUGAGUGGGACUGUUAGUAUUCUCCUACUACACGGAGUACGGCGGUGUUCAGCAGAGCGUGGGGCGUGCGAUCAUGCCUUAAGGAGCUUAAUUCUGUCGCCUCAGAGCUGUCUGUGCCACAGGAGGAAAGCGAGCAUUCUCCUAAACGUUUAAUUGAACUCCGCCGGGAAUUUAAGAAAAAUGUGCCAGAGGGAAUCAGAGCGAUGGUAGCCCCAGUGCUGAAAAGCUUCCAAGCUGAGGUGGUGGCUCUCAGUAAGAGAAGUCAGGAGGCAGAGGCAGCAUUCCUGAGUGUUUAUAAGCAAUUAAUUGAAGCGCCAGACCCUGUCCCGUCGGUUGAGGUGGCGCGGACUCUAGACGACAGACUGCAGCGUCCCAGCUUCCACCCCAGUGGGCAGCGCCUACGAGACGUGCACAUCUCGUGGAAGAGGUGCCCAGAGCCACCCAGUGCCAGAGAGCAGAACGAGGGGACGUGUCCCACCGGGCACACGCCAGCCAACGGUAACCACCUGCCAGGUCCCGAGGACACCCUCGUGACAGACACCUUGCUGCAGAAGGAUGAGGCCGAGAGACAGAAGGGCCUCCAAGAAGUCCACGUCACCUUGGCAGCCAGGCUGGGGGAGGCAGAGGAGAAAAUCAAGGUGUUACAUUCAGCGCUAAAGGCCACACAGACGGAGCUGCUGGAGCUGAGGAGGAAAUACGAUGAGGAGGCUGCAUCCAAGGCCGAUGAGGUCGGCUUGAUCAUGACGAACCUGGAGAAGGCCAACCAGCGAGCAGAGGCUGCCCAGCGGGAGGUAGAAAGCCUCCGGGAGCAGCUGGCAUCGGUCAACAGCUCCAUUCGCCUGGCUUGCUGCUCCCCGCAGGGACCCGGUGGGGAGAAGGUGAGCUUCGCCCUGUGCUCAGGGCCCCGGCUGGAGGCAGCGCUGGCUUCCAAGGACAGGGAGAUCCUCAGGCUGCUGAAGGACGCCCAGCAGCUGCGGCACUCUCUGCAGGAGCUGGAAGAGGUCUCAGCCAACCAAAUCGCUGAUCUGGAGCGGCAGCUAGCGGCCAAGUCUGAGGCCAUAGAGAAACUCCAAGAAAAGCUGGAGGCCCAGGCUGACUAUGAAGAGAUUAAAACAGAGCUGAGCAUCCUGAGAGCCAUGAAGCUGGCCUCCAGCACGUGCAGCCUCCCACAGCCUUGCUUCCCCUCCCCUCAGGCGCUGGGCAAGCCUGACGACCCACUGCUCAUGGCCAAGGAUGCCUUCUUCCCCACACAGAAGCUCCUGCUGGAAAAGCCCGCGCUGCUGGCCAGCCCUGAGGAGGACCCCUCGGAGGAUGACUCUAUCAAGGGCUCACUGGGCAUGGAGCCCUCCUACCCUCCUCAGCUUCCACCUCCGCCAGGCCCUGAAGACCCGCUGUCCCCAAGCCCUACGCAGCCCCUGCUGGGCCCCAGCCUGGGUCCUGAUGGACCAAGGACUUUCUCGCUGUCCCCCUUCCCCAGCCUGGCACCGGGGGAGAGGCUGGCUGGGGACCCACUGCUGUCCAAACAUAUGAUGGCCCCAGUUGCCUUCAAAGGGGAAACGGGCAACCUGCUGGCAUUCCCACCGGCCUUCUAUGGCGGUGCCAAGCCUCCAACGGCUCCUGCCGCCCCAGUGCCCGGCCCUGAGCCCUCUGGGGCCCCAGAGCCUGUGGACGGGGCUGGGCCAGAGGAGGAGCAGCUGGACACGGCCGAGAUCGCCUUCCAGGUGAAGGAGCAGCUUCUGAAGCACAACAUUGGCCAGCGUGUGUUUGGCCACUAUGUGCUGGGACUGUCGCAGGGCUCGGUGAGUGAGAUCCUGGCACGGCCCAAGCCGUGGCGCAAGCUCACGGUGAAGGGCAAGGAGCCCUUCAUCAAGAUGAAGCAGUUCCUGUCGGAUGAGCAGAACGUGCUGGCCCUGCGCACCAUCCAGGUGAGGCAGCGAGGCCCCACAGCCGCCACCUUCGUGCCUCCCCCAGGCAGCAUCACCCCGAGAAUCCGAACUCCUGAGACCGGCUCAGACGACGCCAUCAAGAGUAUCCUGGAGCAGGCCAAGAAGGAGAUUGAGUCUCAGAAAGGGGGUGAGUCCAAGAACUCCCCUGCCUCCGUGAGCAUCCCCAACGGCACAGCUUCCUCCAGCACCUCGGAAGACGCCAUCAAGAACAUUCUGGAACAAGCCCGCCGCGAAAUGCAAGCCCAGCAGCAGGCCCUGCUGGAGAUGGAGUCGGGUCCCAGGGGCCGCUCAGUGCCUCCCUCUCCUCCGGAGCGGCCCUCGCCAGCCACUAUGAGCCAGAAUGGGGCCCUGGCCUGCGUGAAGCAGGAAGACGGCGGCUGCAGCAGCAGCAGUAGCGGCAGUGCGCAGGCGCCGCUUGCUGUCCUGUCCCCCGCUGCAUUUGUGCAGCGGAUCAUCCGCAAGGUGAAGUCAGAGAUCGGCGACGCUGGCUACUUUGAUCACCACUGGGCAUCAGACCGUGGUCUGCUCAGCCGUCCCUACGCCUCCGUGUCACCUUCCCUCUCCUCCUCCUCCAGCUACUCGGGACAGCCCAAUGGGCGAGCCUGGCCCCGUGGGGACGAGGCAACCAUUGCCCCUGAGGACGAAGCGGCUACGGGCAUGGGGGAGGACGAGGCCCCCAGGGUGGGAGAGCUCAAGGCCGAGGCCGGAGUCUCCGAGGUGGGUGGCGGGCGACUGCCCUACUACCCAGCGUAUGUGCCCCGCACACUCAAGCCCACUGUGCCGCCCCUAACACCCGAGCAAUACGAGCUAUACAUGUACCGGGAGGUAGACACUCUGGAGCUCACCCGCCAGGUCAAGGAGAAGCUAGCCAAGAACGGCAUCUGCCAGCGCAUCUUUGGGGAGAAGGUCCUGGGACUGUCUCAGGGCAGCGUGAGUGACAUGCUGUCACGGCCAAAGCCAUGGAGCAAGCUGACACAGAAGGGCCGGGAGCCUUUCAUCCGCAUGCAGUUGUGGCUAUCAGACCAGCUGGGCCAGGGCCAGGCCCCAAACCAGCAGCCCAGCGCUAGCCAGGCCAGCCCCACGGAGCCAACGUCCUCACCAUCACCUCCCCCAAGCCCCACGGAGCCUGAAAAGACUUCCCAGGAGCCUCUGGGCCUGUCCCUAGAAAGCAGCAAGGAGAAUCAGCAACCAGAGGGCCGGGCCAGCUCCACCCUGGGUGGGAAGCCCCUCUCAAGCAGCCAGACUACGGGGGGCAUCCAGGAGAUGGUGGCCAUGUCCCCAGAGCUGGACACAUACUCCAUCACCAAGAGAGUCAAGGAGGUCCUCACGGACAACAACCUAGGGCAGCGGUUGUUUGGUGAGAGCAUCCUGGGGCUAACACAGGGCUCCGUGUCAGACCUGCUGUCGAGGCCCAAGCCCUGGCACAAGCUGAGCUUGAAGGGCCGGGAGCCCUUUGUGCGCAUGCGGCUGUGGCUGAGCGACCCCCACAAUGUGGAAAAGCUUCGAGAUGUGAAGAAGCUGGAGAAGAAAGCCUAUCUGAAACGCCGAUACGGGCUCAUCAGCACGGGCUCUGACAGCGAGUCACCGGCAGCUCACUCCGAGUGUCCCAGCCCAUGUCUGCAGCCGCAGGAGUUGAGCCUCAUGCAGGCCAAGAAGCCACGUGUGGUGCUGGCACCGGCCGAGAAGGAGGCUCUGCGGAAGGCCUACCAGCUAGAGCCCUACCCCUCACAGCAGACCAUAGAGUUGCUCUCUUUCCAGCUCAACCUCAAGACAAACACUGUCGUCAACUGGUUCCACAACUACAGGUCCAGGAUGCGCCGGGAGAUGCUGGUGGAGGGAACACAGGAUGACCCAGACUUUGACCCAAGUGGGGGCUCCAGUGUCCUGCCAUCAGGCCACACCCACACAGACCCCACCCCGCAGAGCCCUGACUCAGAGAUUGAGGACCAAAAGCCCCCCAUGAAGAGCCUGGAGCUGCAGGAACCUGAGAGUCCCGUACACCAAGCAGCCCCAGACAGGGCUGUGGUGAAGAUUAAGCAGGAAGAGGGUUUAGAGGUGGAUGGGGACAGCCAGCCCCAGGACAUAGGGGAUCCAGACAGAGGGCAAGGUGGCCCCAAAGAGGAGGAUACUCACCCUCUGGGGAACAAUGAACUCUCAGAGCUGGUCCCCGGGCCUUUCCUUCCAGGCACACCCAAUCCAGACUGCUCUUCAUUGCACACCCCCCAAGCAAAAGAGACUGGGGAACAGGUUCACUCAGAGCCUCUGAGUUUCAAGUCCACCUCUGAAUCCUCAUGCUGCAGCCUGGAGGGGCCACCGAACUCUCCCUCUGCCAUCUCCUCGCCAGACCUCAUGACAUGUGUGUCACCCGCCCCUUCCUCCUCAGCCCCCAUCUCCCCAUCCCUACCUGGCACCCUACCUGCCAAAGUGCCGAGUACCAGUCCCACUGCUGACCCAGCUGCAGCCUUGCACCCCAGCACUAAGGUGAACCCCAACUUGCAGCGGCGGCAUGAGAAAAUGGCCAACUUGAACAGUAUAAUCUACCGACUGGAGAGGGCUGCCAACCGGGAAGAGGCUCUGGAGUGGGAAUUCUGAAGCUGGGGCAAGGGACAUACCCCAGAGGUCACCUUCCCUCCCUCCCUCCUGCCCUCUCCCAGAUGCGGUGGGGCCAGAGAGGCAAGAACUCAGCCAUGCAGAUGUGGACAACAAUGUUAAGCCGUUUACGUUUAUUGUUGUAUCACUAGUUACCUGAGGUUGUGUGUGAGCAGAUGCUACCGCCUCUUCUUUUUGAUAGCCCUGCUUGUAGGAGGCACUGGAAUCCUGCCCUCAUCCUCUCCCCUGCGGGAAGGCAGGAGCAAAAAGGUACCACAUUCUCACUCAAAAACUCCAAACUCUUUUAGAAAAAUAAAGAAAUAUUUAUAGACCUCUUUCAGCUAUUUUAAUAAAGGAUCCUUUGGAAAUUUAUCCCCAGCUGAUGCUGUUUUGAUAUUAAAGAGAGUUAUAAAAUCAGAUGCUGUCACUGCUGUUGCGGAGCAGACACAGAAGCUGUGUCAUUUUUUUUUUGCCAUGAGAUGAGAUUAAAAGAAGACGAUUGUUCAAAGCCAUCACAAAACACUAAGACGGACCAAAUUCAGAGAACCCUCGGACUGUGGGGUUUGGUCAGCUUUUUUUGCCCUCACGCCUGUCUGUGAGACAACAGCACGAUGCUAAUGCCCUUCCAGAACCAACCUGUGUUGCAAAGAGAAAGUCCAAAAGACUCUAAAUGAAACCCUGAGGAUGGGACCGUGCUGGAGGGCUGUCUGCAGCCUACACAUCACAGGAGGUCCCAUUGCUGGUGGAAAUGUUGCCCUUAGCUAAUGUGUAUGUUGCAAAGGCCUCCACUCCCUGAGUUAGAAGCCUUCUGUCCCAAACUCAUUUUCAGAACCCUCGGAAAACUGGGUGUGGGGGAGGUGCUCAAAGAGGAGUGCUAAAGUCAGAGUGACCCUGGCUCCCACCCUGAAUCUCGGCUGUACUUAGAAGGCUUCUCCUAAGAUCUGAGCCAGGGACUUCUUUCCAGAGAACACUGUGGCUUCCAACUUACUUCCUUGUUUCCAGAAAGGGCAAGUGUUAGUUCACCAUUGCCCCCAAUGCUCCAAAUCCUAGAUGUACCCAGUCAGAAACCUCAACUCCAUUUCUCACCAUCGUCUUUCUCAUCCAUGCUAUCCCUGGAAGGUAUCCAUGGGUCUGUGGAACUUGGUACGGUCAACAUUACCACAGCAUGGCCACCAUAUCCCCGUCGCUUGGUCUGUUCUCAUUUUCUUCACAAGAUCUGCUUGGGAUUAAAGAUAGGACCUCCCCCAACUCAGAAGUAAUCUUCCAACAUCCCGAUUGUGAUGUCCAGGGACAAAGGUCCCCUUGGAUAAGAUGGCCUCCAUAUCGAACGUUGAGUCUCCAGUUUUUAUCCCCCCCCCCCACCAAAACUGUGGAAGCUGAAUUGGUGACUAAUAAUGCGUAUGUGGCCAUCUUUGUUGCCAAUCCAGUGCUUGAGGGAAAAACAACCGCUCCAUGCAGUGACCAUCAUGUGAGCCAAAAGGUUUCCAGAAAGGAAAGAAAAUAAGGAAUGUUCCAGAACUUCUAACUCUCAUGCACCCAGCCCAGGCUGCAGACCGUCAACAUCAAACAGGCCCUGGAAAACCUCCUUUUCCACACAUAACCCUGGCUAUGCAUUGAGAAGUUUUCCACUAUAUACAUUUUUAUUCAGAGGAGGGUAUUUUUAUAUUUUGACACUAGAAAACCACGACGAGUCUUCUGAGGAAUCCUUUCUGGGACAAACAAAGCCUGUCUCAGCCUCCACCACCCCAGUUGCAACACAUCCACCGGGAAACCACAUCUCUUUUCACCUUGAAACUCCACGUUGGGUCAACGGACGACACACCACAGAUGCGGCUCAGCAGAAUUCACCAUGGCUUUGGCUUUAGUGUGACAGGAUUUGGUGUGACCUUUGAACACAGAAACCUGGUUGUGUGGAAGCCCAUGGAUCUGCAAACAGAUUCGUCCAGUUCACAUCCUACAAUGGUUUAAAAAGAGAAAACGCACAUGCUCACGCGUGCGUGCGUGCACACACACAGCACACACAGACACACACAGACACACGCACACACAAACUGUUUCUAUGAGAGAUUGAUGAACUUUGUCUAAAAUUUUAAAAGAAAGGGACACAUUCUGUAAACAUGUCUCUAAAUACAGAAUUGUAUAACAA